CUGGCUUCGCUCUCUGUGUUCCCGCUGCCGCGACUUAGCCGCUUUCCGAAAAGCCGCCGCCAUGUCUGCUCAGUCCUGGAAAAGCUCAAUAGACAACGCCGGGUCCGCACCGCCUCGUCCACUGACCCUACCGGAUAUAGGCCAAGCCGCCAGAGGUUUAGAACCGCCCCCUUCCUUUCUGCAGCCUAUCCAGCGCCUGCCUUUCCGGAAAUACGUCAUCUAGCAAAAGGCGUCCACCCCAGGCUGCUUCUGGGAAGUGUAGUUCUCUAGGUCUAGCCUCGUGACUCUACAACAGCCAGUUCUUAUUCGCCAGAGCCUGUCCACGUGUACGGGUUCACUCACAGCCACCAUGAGUGAGGCCUUUGACUGUGCAAAAUGCAGCGAGUCCCUGUACGGGCGCAAAUACAUCCAGACAGACGACGGACCCUACUGUGUGCCCUGCUAUGACAACACCUUCGCCAACACGUGCGCCGAGUGCCAGCAGCUUAUCGGGCACGACUCGAGGGAGCUGUUCUACGAAGACCGCCACUUCCACGAGGGUUGCUUCCGCUGCUGCCGCUGCCAGCGCUCCCUGGCCGACGAGCCCUUCACCUGCCAGGACAGCGAGCUGCUCUGUAACGACUGCUACUGCAGUGCCUUCUCCUCACAGUGCUCCGCCUGCGGGGAGACCGUCAUGCCCGGAUCCCGGAAGCUGGAGUACGGAGGCCAGACGUGGCAUGAGCACUGCUUCCUGUGCAGCAGCUGUGAGCAGCCGCUGGGCUCCCGUUCCUUUGUGCCCGACAAGGGUGCUCACUACUGCGUGCCCUGCUAUGAGAACAAGUUUGCUCCUCGCUGCGCCCGCUGCAGCAAGACACUGACGCAGGGUGGCGUGACAUACCGUGACCAGCCCUGGCAUCGGGAAUGCCUGGUCUGCACCGGCUGCCAGACGCCCCUGGCAGGGCAGCAGUUCACCUCCCGAGAUGACGAUCCCUACUGUGUGGCCUGUUUUGGAGAACUCUUUGCACCCAAGUGCAGCAGCUGCAAGCGCCCCAUCACAGGACUCGGUGAAGGCAAGUAUGUGUCCUUUGAAGACCGCCACUGGCACCACAGCUGCUUCUCCUGCGCCCGAUGCUCCACCUCCCUGGUGGGCCAGGGCUUCGUGCCGGACGGAGACCAAGUGCUGUGCCAGGGCUGCAGCCAGGCGGGGCCCUGAGCCAGGGCUCCUGGGCCCAGGCCCUCCCAAACCAGGGCUCCAGGACUAAGGCUCCUUUUCCAAACCACCUCUGGGACCCAGCCCCUCCCCAAACUGGGGCUACCCCUGGGCUCCAGGAUUCAGCCUCCCCACUCCAACAUCCCCAAUCUGGUACUUCUUGACCCAGGGCCCCCAAACUUGGGCUCUUACGGAGCCUCCACCAUUCAAAUCCCCUCCCCAAGCCUGAGCGCCAGAACUCAGUCCUCUCCCUAUGGUCCGGCUUCCCCUAAAUCAGAGCUCUGGGACCCCAGCCCCCUUCAAUCUAGACUUCUCCCCUGAAGACUUUAGGUCUCCUAUGGGUGCCUGAGAAGUCCUCCGAAGUGGACUGUACUCAGGCUUGACACUCCCCACCCCCAUCCCACCGCUAUUCCCAGGGAUGGGGCUGUCUGGGCAGCACAUCAGGGGUUCACUGGUUAGGGGGUCCUAGGGUACAGGGUUUUGUCCAGCCCUUGCUGUCGAGUGUUUUCUCGUUUCAUUUCAUUUCAGCUCCAUUCUGCCCAGAGAUGGGCAGAGGGGUGGGUUUGGCUCACCCCCCUUUCAGAUUCUGCAAUAAAGCAGUAUGAGGAA